AUGAAGCCUGCAAUAUCAAAACUAAUGAGCACGCCCGUACUAGCAUUGAAUGGCAUCUGUGAUGCUGUUGGUAAUACGCCCUUAAUAAAGCUACAUAAGCUAUCAAAAGAACUUGGCCGCAAUAUUUAUGGUAAGGCUGAGUUCCAGAACCCUGCUGGUUCGGUGAAGGAUAGAACGGCGUUGUAUCUUAUUAAUCAUGCUGAACAGUCUGGUGCUAUUGAUCCUUCAAAGCCAGUGACCAUUGUUGAAGGUUCAGCAGGUAACACUGCUAUUGGUAUUGCUCAUAUUGCUAGAUCGAAGGGAUAUAAUUCGGUUGCAUACAUGCCGGACACGCAGUCUGCUGACAAGGUGAAUAUUUUGAAGUUGCUAGGUACAGAGGUUCACACAGUUCCCGUAUGCCCUAUUACCGAUCCUCUUAACUUCAACAAUAGGGCAAGAGACCACGCCAAGAGGGUAGAAAAUGCGUAUUGGACCAACCAAUUUGACAACGAGGCCAACUGGAAGGUGCACUACGAUACUACAGGGCCAGAAAUUUAUAAGCAGCUUGCCUCUCAGAACUUUACGGUCGAUGCCUUUACCUGUUCUACAGGAACUGGUGGUACGUUCUCCGGUAUUGCAAGGUACUUGGAAGAAGCAACGGACGGGAAAUGUAAGUUGGUUGUAGCGGAUCCGCCUGGGUCUGUGAUUUACUCAUACGUGAAGACUGGAGAGCUCAAUCGUGAAGGAAGCUCCUUUACUGAGGGAGUUGGUCAAGGUAGGAUUACUAAAAAUAUGGAAGCAAGUGUAGAUAUCAUUGAUGAUGCAGUAUUUGUUCCUGACGAACUAUCCAUAGCCAUGGUUUAUAGGCUAAUCGAGGACGAAGGGCUCUUUCUUGGUGGUACCUCCGGUCUCAAUGUAGUUGCAGCAACUAUGGUUGCAAAGACAUUGCCUCCUGAUAGCAAUGUAGUCACCAUUCUGUGCGAUACCGGCAAUAAAUACGCACAGAGGAUAUUCUCUAAAAAGUGGCUAUUAGAAAAAAAUUUGUACGAUGCAAUUCCUGUAGAGUUGCGGAAGUAUAUUACGCUAGAAUAA